AAACACGUCCGUUCUUCAAAUCGAGUACAAAACUGUAUUUGGAGCAUCCGAAUGCUGGCUCACUGGUUGGUCAAAGAGUGCAAAAAACUACAGUUCACCAUGCGCCGUGUGUGAAUGCGAGAUGAACUUUCCUUGCCGACGAUUUCUUCUCCAGGUAACAAACUCACGUUGUGUUUAGCUUCCAAAUACAAAGCCUUCAAACAUCGACCAGCUGCUCUGUGUAAUGGAGGAAAAUUGUUAACAGGACCCUUAGCAGCAGAGAUGCUGGCCUGGGAUCAUCUCAAGCUGCUUUUCGACGAAAUUAAGGAAGCAAAAAAACUAACUCCUCAACAUAUGCAAGAGUUCUCAACUUUAUCGACCGAGUUUCCCUACGCUGUACUUCUGCUCGCUGAGGGCUCGAUAUCUAAACCCAGUAAAACGGGUUUACCUUACGUUAUUCUUGAGGCAGGCAACAUUAUUGAGAUAUUUUGCCGGAAAACGAUGUUCCUACGUGACUCAAUACUACCUGUAUGGGUAGUGUUCGCUGUUAUUGCACUGAGGAAGAGUACAAGCGCUGCCCAAAAGCAAGCUCUACUGCCGGACAAAAUUUCAACUUUGUUAGACACGUUUUUAAAGGUACCUCCUGCUCUAUUGUCGCAAUUAAGUGAAGUUCUUGCGGAAGAUCUUAAGUACAAACAUUCGCAUCAGCCUACAAUACCAGAUGAUUUGGCCGAAGACCUGGAAGGACAUAUACGAUUAUCAACGACAGCCUCUAAGCCAACAUCGCAAGACAUUGUGAAGUAUCUUGAUCAGGAACCGGCCCAUUAUAACAUACUCGAACUGCCGGGACUUGUUUUGCUGAAGUUUUUAGCUGGUAAAAAGAGUACAAGUUUGCGGCAUCGCAAAAGUCAGAUACUAGACGAGUAUAGUGGGCUAUUUGGGGACCAUGAAAUACAAGAGGACAAGGAUGAAGGUGUAAUCACUGUCGAUCGCGAAGCCAUUGUUCGAGCUCUCUUCGCCCUCAUCGGAGUGUCCUUAUUCACGUCGUUGCUGCUCGUCAUCUUGAUCUCAUGCACAGGCGCGACGACAAAAUGCCGCCAUCCAAAGAAAGGAAACUCUCGUUUCUAAAUAAAUCACGAUUAAGGAUUCUAA